UUCCCGUCCCCUUCAGAUUGCUAUUUAAAACAAUCUUUGAAAUACCUGUUUACAGCUGAUCUGAUCAUUGCUAUUGAGGUGAUACCUAUAGUAAUGAUUUCUAAGCCGCUGUUAACUUUGCUUUCUCUUUUCACAGCUGGUUGUGCCAGUUUCUGUUCAGUACUCAGAACUUCUAGUAGUCAAGCUUGCUAUGUAUGGGUCAAGAGAUUUCUUGACACAACUCUGAAAGUAAAGGAAAUUAGAGUGGGUGAAAAAGAGUCUGUAUUCAUCCUGCUUCAGUGUGUUCCUAAACUCAAGUUAACUCUAGACAUUCCCUACCCCAUUCUGCAUUCUGCUAGGAGGGCUUGAGGAUUCCAGUUUUGUCUGCUCUUGUCAUUGUCCGUUGUUUUCAUUACUAUCCCCAUGGGUAUAAAAUAAUCAUAGCUAUAGUUAAGGAAGCAAACAUGCUGCGUGCCAUGCAGACUGACUGUCUCCUAAAAUAUAUACAUGCUUUUUUCUCUCCAGCUGAAACUGAACCCCAUGAGGGAAAGAGAAAAGUGGAAUCUCUCUGGCCCAUUUUCAGAAUCCAUCACCAGAAAACGCGAUAUAUAUUUGACCUGUUUUAUAAGUGGAAAGCCAUUAGUAGAGAGCUCUAUGAAUACUGCAUUAAAGAAGGCUAUGCAGACAAAAAACUAAUUGCCAAGUGGAAAAAGCAGGGCUACGAGAAUUAGUGCUGCCUACGCUGCAUUCAGACCAGGGACACCAACUUUGGGACGAACUGCAUUUGCCGGGUUCCGAAAAGCAAGCUGGAAGUGGGUCGCAUCAUCGAGUGCACGCACUGCGGCUGCAGAGGUUGCUCUGGCUGACACCCGUGACUCUGCUGUAUUCUGGACUUUGGACUUUUUUGGUUCCUACCUACUGGGCCACCCCCUUCUGGAGCAGCUCUUCUCAGAGUGGUGUCCAGAGAAGAGACCCAGAGGGAACAUGGGCUCUAGAGGUGAAGGCUUUCUAAUCGCUGAAAUCUGUAAAAAUAAAACCAUUAGACCU